AUGUUUGGCAAUAGUCAUNGUUGGGGUGAUGACACGAAAACUGUUGUUCGACAAGAAGGGGAAUUGAAAAUCGAAGAUUUUGUUGAAUUUGAAGAAACUGAACCGACUGUUGUCGAAGAAAUACUCUACGAACUUGUUUACUCUGGUGAUAACUUGAAAACCUGCCGUCAAAUUCAUCGUUCUCGUUCCGAAUCGCGAAACUUUCGCAAAAUUAAAAAACGCCGCACUAAACGAAAAGUUCAUCCGAAUGACGAUUCAUCUUACAUAACUUCACAAGCAACAUCGAGAGAUACAAGCGGUACACGUUCACCAUACUACAAUGAUGGUCAAUACAGUCCUGAUCGUUCAUCCACACCCACCCAAUCAGUUUUGUCAACAUCCUGGCAAUCGACAGGAUUUACAUCAACAGACAAAUCAAAUGAACUACCUUUUCGCAGUCAAUCUCAUGAAGGCAAUUAUGUUAAUAAAGUCCCAGUGAAUGAAUAUCAAACAUAUCCACGUACAACAAUCACGCAGAACAAUAUACAAUAUGAAACAUUCGAAACAGACAAUAAUGAUAAACAAAAGAUCCACCUGGUUGAUGAAAUGCGAUAUAUAUCAAAUCAAAUUGAUACGUUAAUUACAGCUGAUGAUGAUGAUGGUUUAAUUGAAAAUGACAAAUACACGCCUAUCAUUAGUGAAAAGCGAGGAAUCACUCAAAUAACACUUGCACCGACAACUGCCGAUCGAACUGAUGACAGUGUGCAACUUGAUCUACAUUCAUUCGAUACAAAUGAACUUCUACCGUCAAAAGGAAACGAUCAAUUUAGAACAACUUCUCUAUCAACAGACGACAAAGAACAAUCAAGGAUAAACAUUAUCGAGCAAACAUCUCUACCGAAAGAAACCAGUCGCCAACAAAUUUAUUUAACUGGUAAUGAAAAACAAAUCAAUGACAUAAUUUCAACGAAAUAUGAUGAAUCGGAAAAGGAGGAUGAGGACCUAUCAAGUACAACUGGACCGACCGUACAAGAAAAUGAAAAAGAUGGACAAAGAACGGGAAAAGAUACUGAUGAGGACGCUUCUUUUUCCGAAGGUGAACAAUUCUCAUUGAACUCUGCCAAGUCAGAUACACAUCAACAGGCACAACAUACGAUAACUGAUCAAUUUCAUGCAUCACCUCUAACUUCAUCAGCAAUAAUUAAAGAUGAAAACAAAACUAUUGAUGAAACAAAACAGUACCUCAUCGAUGAACUCAAUGACAUCGAAUCUCAAUUGAAAUCCCUUGAAUCCGAAGAAGAACAACUACGAAAUGUUCUCGAUCGAAAGGAUACGGAAGAGCUGUUUCCUAGCGAUGAUCAGUCGGAAUCUGUUGAAACUUUUUCAUCGAAUGUACCUGAAAAGACCGUAUUGUCAGUGACAAUCGAUGAUGACGACAGCAAUGAAUCAAUUCAAGAGAGUGAAGAAGAUCUUCGGCCAUUUUUGAACUCUUUAACAGCUCAUCUAAUGCCAGAAUUACCAAGAGUAUUCGAAGACGAAACCGAAGAUGAACUCUCGUUCACAUCGGAAUCGAAAUCAUUCGAAGAGCCGACUUCUCAAGAAGAUCACGCCACUACUUCAGAAGUACAACAAACUAAAGAGAAGUCUCAUCAGCAUAUUUCAUCAGAACAAAUUGAAACAAAAACUCAAGAUAAUCUACCGAAAGAUCAAACAAUAUCUGACAGAGAUGAAGCCAAACAAGAACAGAAAGAACAUGGCAUAGUUUCGGAUAUUCAAGAAGAUCUCUUGGAUCAACACGUACCAACAACGAAAGAAACAGCACAUUCGAUUGAUUCUUCAGUUGAUAUUAUUCAAGAACUCAUAACAACUGAUAAAAUAUCUCAAGAUCAGAACGAACAAGAAACAAUUUCUCUAACCUCUUCCACUCCAUUGCAAUCAAGACAAUUAACAUUUGAAGAGACACAUGAGGUGACAGACGAACAAUCGAGCAAUGUUGAUUCUCUUACUGAUAUUGUUCGGCAAGCAAACACUCAACCUUCGAACGAAGAGGAAGAUAAAUUACCAUCUGUCGAUGCUGGUGCUGACCGUACGCAACCUGUUAGCACAUCUGAGCAGAAACAGCAGGAAUUAGGUUCCAGUAUCUCAUAUACUGCUAAUGAAACUGGUGAAAGAAGAACAUCUAUCGAUCGUCAAGGACGAUCACUUGAGCUGCAAUCAUCAAAAGUAUCUGAUGAACAAUUAUCAUCAGAUUCUCUCGUCGAUAUUGUUCGUCAGAUUCGUACAAUACCCCAAAUCACUCGUCUUCCAUUUACUGAUACGAAAUUAGCAACGACUGACCUCACUGAAUACGAAAUUGAAAAGCCGUCCGUUGAUUAUCAUAUCGAUAUCAUAGAAACAAACGAAAGCAUUCCACAUGAACCGGUGACAAUAACUGAAGAACGUCUAUUAUCUACAGCAAAUGAACGAGCUCCUGUCACAGAGACUCGAUCUGAAUCAACUCCUCAAGAUACGGUGCAAGAAGCUCAAACUGAACGUCUUUCAUCUGAACCUGAACCUACCGCAGGUGAAGAACACUCUACGACACCGUUGGCUACGCAAAUCAAUUUACGCGAUUCAAUAACAGAAACUCCUGUGUUUACAGAAAAACAAGCAUUGAAUGAAUCAUUUGAUAAAAGUGUUGAUGAAAACAUCGACAAACAACAAGUGUUGCCCGGUCAACAAGCUACGCACAGUUCUAAUCUUUCAAUAACAGAAAAACAUUUUACUGAUGAAUUCGUCACAGACGCUAUUCCAAUUAGUACGCAAUUCGUGGAACAAACAGCACAUGACAUUCGUCGAUCAUCGGUUCAAGAACAAAACAAAGAAGAUGUAGCUGAACAAUUGUCAGCUAAUGCUAUUACUGGAGCCAUCGAAGAUAUUCAUGUUACUCCAUCGCCGGUUGAACGAUCAGAAGAUAAAAUCAAGCCCGAUUUGUCCACGUCAACGACCGUAUUAGAAGAGAAACCAUUAGAAAAGCCCAGUGAAGUUGAAGUAAUUGCAGAUAAUGAAAGCCAGUCAAAAACACAAAUAACAUCUGAUUUACAAGCGCCAGCAACAGAAGAUAUUGACACGGAAAAAGUACAAAUUAUCGAGUCAACAACUUCCACAGCGAUUACUGAUGUUCGACCCAAGCAUGAAGAGGCUGUCGCUGACCAACUAUCAUCAGAAGCUUUGGCUGAUGUUGUUCGUCAAAUUCAUGCAACACCACUUGCUACUCGGCGUACGGUGACGCAAACCAGUGAGACAAAACACGAGGAUUACGUAACAUCUGCCGAUUCGACUAUACCAACGAAUGAAAAAGAACUUACAUUGACUACAUCCGAAAUCGCACAGAAUGACAUUGAGUCUGUUGAAACACCAUUGCAUCAAGGCAAAGAAAACGAAAAUGAAGCUGAUCGUCUCUCAUCUGAUGUGUUAGCUAAUGUAGAAUGUGAAGUUCUCGCUCCAUCUCCAGCGUCCGAACAACAAACUCAACAGUCAGAAGAAAAUAAACAACAAGAAACCGAAGCUCAACGUCUAUCAACAGAAACAUUGACAACCGUUGUUCAUGAACUUCUUAGUGCACCAGCAAUCAGCCAAUCUUCUUCAAUCGAACACGAAGUCGAAAAGAUAACUUCUCAAGACGAUUCGACCAAGUCAAAUAUCCCGUCGAAAGACACUUUUGAACUUCAAUCCACUCCAGAACAACAAAUUGUGUCAGCUAAAGAUACGUCUGCAACUGGCCAACAUGAGCUCGAACAAAAUUUGAUGGAUGUAUCCAAAGAUGUUGAUACUAGUUCAACAUCGUUAUCUUAUCAAACACCGACACAAGAAACAAGAUUCAAACAAGUGACCGAAGAAAUUACAACAGAUGUAACGCCUCAUGUGAUUGAAACUGGCAAAGACAUUAGUGAACAAGAAUCCGCACCAGAAAUUGUUGCCGAAAAUCUAUCAACGAAAGUUCUGACUGAAGUUGUUCGUGAGGUGCUCACCAAACCGUCAGAUACUCGUGUUCCAGAAGUGAAAGAACAAUCACAGAUUAUCACAGAGCAAGCACCGUCAAGUGAAGACCAACAACAACCUGGAAAAGUAUCUGACGAAGCUGAACGAUUAACAUCCGAAGCUUUAAUUGGUGCUGUUGAAGAAAUACGUUCAACUAUACAAGACGAAACACACAAGUCUGCUACAACAACUGAAGUGAGUCGUGCUCUUGCUGAUGAACAAGCCGAACAGAAAGAAGCUGAUCAUCUACCUACACAAGCCUUAACUGAUGUCGCACAAGAAAUACUUGCCGCAACAGCCUCUGCUAAUGCGCCAUCAGAAGUUGAAAAAGUACGAUCAAGUGAUCAAUUGACAGAAGCUGCAGCAGAAAAUGUAACAACGGAUGUGCUAACUGAAGUUGUGCGUGAAAUGCUGGCCAGUCCAGUUUCUGUUCGUACAUCAUCUAUUGCAAAAGAAACAACCGUCUAUGACGAGAUACCUAGUGAAGAAGUAAUGAAUAAAUCUGCAGGGGCAACAACAUCGGCUGUACCAACAGAACAAGGCGUAACAGUUCCCGAAGAAGUAAAACAAUUGCCAGCGACUACUGAAGAAAUUCGUUCCAGCACAGAUGAACAAACACAAAAGCCUCAUACGAUCACAACCAUCACUGAAACAACAACUGAAACUACUGCUGACGAUAGUCGUCCACUUUCUGAUGAGAAAAUCGACCAUCGACCUAUACAAGCAUUGACCGAGACUGUGAAAGAAACACAUGUCACACUCGCCCCCGUUGGUAUACCAUCACAAGAAACUAUAGCAGAGAAGAAAGCUCAACCUAGCGAAGCCGUCGAAAUGUCAUCGUCACCGACAGUCACUUCCACUGCAGAAGAAGAAACUGCAGCAGGAAAUGUAACAACAGAUGUGUUAACAGAAGUUGUUCAUGAAAUGCUUGCCAGCUUACCUUCUCCUCGUUCAGCGUCAGAUGUCCCUGUGUCAGAAGUGGCUGCCGUUAUCGAAGAAGUAAAAGAAUCCUCCACCGAACCAUCACAGACAACUAUGGAACUUGUUAAGCCAAGUGAAAUUCCAUCAAAAGCACCGAUCAAUCUUGUUCAAGAGAUUCGCUCAUUUCCAAACGACACCAUCAACCAAAUCGAAACUGAUCAUUCAGCUGGAGAAUCUGUAAUCGAAUCGAUUGAAAAGACGCUCUCUGAAGAUCAGAAACCAGUUGAAGAAUCGACAUCGAAUGAAGGUCUCACUAAAAUCGUUCAAGAAGUACUCACCAAACCAUCGGACAUUCGUACAUCAAAGGAGACUAUUGUCAUCGAGGAAGCAGAACAAGUUGAAGCGGAACGGUUAACAUCAGAAGCGUUGACGGAUGCUGUUGAAGAAGCUCGUUCGAGCACAGAAGUACCGACACAAAAAUCUGAUACAACCACGGUUAUUACUGAAACAGCGGUAUCAUCCGAAGAGACCCGUCUACCUACCGACGAAAGAAUCAAUGAUCACGAGACGGAUCGUCCAACUGGCGAAAUACAAGCUGAAGCGCUCCAGGAGGCUGUUGCAAUACCGAAAGCUACAGAUUUUCCGUCAGAAGAUAUUGUACUCCAAACAGAAAGUGUAAUGGCCGCCGAAGAAAAACCGCCAUCGGCACAGGCAACCACAAGUAUGGCGAAAGAUCAUCAGUUAUUGUCAAAUGAUCAAACAAAAGAGCCUGAACCUGAAAUCCCACCAUCAGAAGCAUUAGCAGAAGUAGUACAACAAAUGCUUGCUACACCACUUUCAAUGCCCCUGUUAGCCACAGCAAUCGAACAGCAAAAAUCAGUUGAACAGAUAUCAGAGAAAGUCACCGAAGAAAUGGCAACUUCUCCAGCUAUUGUCAGGACAUCAGAGACUUCUACACUAGCGUCGACCGCUUCACCAGAAGAACAGACAACUGCUAGGGAAAUAAAACAAGAUGAAACCAUAUCUAAUGUAGGAAGAACUGAAGAAGUUGAAGCGGAACAAUUAUUAUCGACAACUUUAACUGAAGCUAUUGAAGAAAUACGUCUAGCCACCGAAGAAUCAAAAAUAAAACCUGAAACGAUCACAAUUACCACUGAAACGAAGACAACUACUACGACUGAAGAGAGUGGUCCUCUUGUCGAUGAGCAACUUGUACAGAAAGAAACUGAUCAUUCAUCUACACAAGCAUUAACCAACGUCGUAAAAGAAAUACUUGCUACACCCUCUUCUGCAGAAGUAAGCACUUCUGCUACAGCAGAUGAAAAAGUAGUUGAUGAAAUACCAGAGAAAUCUACAGAAGAAACGGCAUCGACAGAAGUUCUGGCCAGUAUAGUUCGUGAUGCGCUCACGAAGCCAUCGCUUGUACCCACACAACAAGAUACAAUAAUCAUUGAACCAUCAGACACCACCAUUGAACGAAUAACGUCGAGUGAAGAACAACAGCAACGACAACAACCUGAAACAGCAGUAACAACAGAAAAGACAUUUGAUGAAUACAAAGCUCAAGAAGUCGAAGCCGAGCGGCUAUCAUCAGAGGCAUUAACUGAUGUUGUCACAGAAAUUCGUUCUAUCGCUGCACAAAAACUACAAAAACCUCGCGCACCUGCCAUCAUCGCGAAAACAACUACAACAACAACAGCAAAAACAUCUGCAGAGACUGUUCCACUGCCAUCUGAGACAAUCAAUGAGAAAACUGAUCGAUUGACCACAGAUGCAAUACGCGUUGCUGUGCAAGAGGCUGCUGAUCUUUCAUCAGCAGAUUCGACUGCAGACAAAACAACGAUUGCUAUUGAAGAAAUGGAAAUAACAUCACCUCAAACGGGCACUUCCACUACAGGAGACCGUCAGCCGUUAUCAGAUAAUCUUGUAGAAGAAGCCGAAAAUGAAACUCGAUCAACAGCAGUUCUCACUGAGGUCCUUCGUGAAAUGCUUGCCAGUCCGCUUUCUGCGCCUAAGCCAUCGAUUACGCUAGAGCCAACUGCUCAAGAUGAAAAACCAGCAGAAGAAGUACUCAAAACACAUACUGAAACAACAACAUCUACCGACACUCUCACAGAUUUAGUCCGCGAUGCACUUCAAAAUACGUCAGAUUCUCUUCUUCCGCCAGCGACUACCACGACAGAACAGCAGAUCGUUGUUGCCGAAGAGAGAAGACAGUCAUUCACCGAACCGUCACAGACAACUAUGGAACUUGUUAAGCCAAGUGAAAUUCCAUCAGAAGCACCGAUCAAUCUUGUUCAAGAGAUUCGCUCAUUUCCAAACGACACCAUCAACCAAAUCGAAACUGAUCAUUCAGCUGGAGAAUCUGUAAUCGAAUCGAUUGAAAAGGCACUCGCUACGCCGACAGAUGUUGACGUACCAUCACAAGACACUCCAGCCGAUAAGAAAACUGAAGUUGUUGAUGAAAUCCUGGAAAGUUCACCAUCCAAUGCCUCGACACCUGCUGCAAAAGAGACACUCUCUGAAGAUCAGAAACCGGUUGAAGAAUCGACAUCGAGUGAAGGUCUCACUAAAAUCGUUCAAGAGGUACUCACCAAACCAUCGGACAUUCGUACAUCAAAGGAGACUAUUGUCAUCGAGGAAGCAGAACAAGUUGAAGCGGAACGGUUAACAUCAGAAGCGUUGACGGAUGCUGUUGAAGAAGCUCGUUCGAGCACAGAAGUACCGACACAAAAAUCUGAUACAACAACUGAAGAGAGCCAUGUUCUUGCUAAUGAAAGCAUGGGAUACAAGGAAGCUGAUGAUCAACAUACUCAAUCACUAACUAGUGUCGUUCAAGAAAUACUUGCCACACCGCUGUCUGUCGCUCUGUCAUCAGAAGAUUCUACAACAGAAAAGAGAAAUGAAGUUACCGAAACCUCACCUACAGAAGCCGUCGCUAGUACCACAGAAGAUGAAAAGGUACCAUCAAACGAUCAGAUGAUAAGAAGCGCAGCAGAGAAUGUAGUAACAGAAGCACUAGCUGAAGUUAUUCGGGAGAUGCGUGCUAGUUCACCUUCUACUCUUUCAACAUCUGCUCCAAAAGAGACAACCAGUGAAAAUCAAGAGCCAAUCGAAGAAAUGAGACAGACGGCUACAGCCGUUUCUGAACCACUAUCAGUUGCUUCCAUAGAAGACGAAGCAACGGUGAUAGAAGAAGAGAAACUACUAUCUGCCGAACCAUCACAUACAACUGUUGAGGAGGUGAGAUCAAAUGAAGAAGCACAAGAACACUCUGAAAAGGUAUCUGACAAAGUCAAAGCACAAGAAGCUGAACGUUUAUCAUCGGAAGUAUUGGCCAGUGCUAUUGACGAGAUCCGUUUCACCGCAGAAGAACCAACAACAACCAUCGAAGAGGAUCGUUCAUUUGCAGAUGAUACAAUGAAAGAAAAUGAAGCUGAACGUUUGAUUGAAGAAGCAAUAACUGAUGCUGCUCAAGAGAUUCUAGCUGCCUCGUCAUCGAAUGAUCUUCCAUCGACUGAGACUAGGGCAGGAACUGAAACGUCAUCGCCAAAAACAGUCACUGCCGCCAAAGAUGAUGAACAAGCACCAUCACGUGAUCAGUUCAAUGAAAUCCAAGCGGAGAAUCUAUCAUGGGAAGCGUUAACAGGUGUAGUCAAUGAAAUACUCGCCACGUCACCCGCCGCUGUGGUUCAAAAGAUCGAUUCUACCAGUCAGAAAGUAGAAACAACAUCGUCAACAUCAGAACAAAAGCUUGAUACACAAACGGAUGAGGCUGAAUCUUUAGAGAAACGUUCAUCUACUGAAGAAACAUCGCAGAAAGAUAAACCUACAGAAGUCGAAACUGUUCGUGAAUAUCAGACUACAACACAGAGUGAUUCUCUUCCAUUGGUGCCUGAAGCGGCAGUGGACACUAGUGAAAUCGAGCAUUCAAAGGAACUGCCAACAUCUGACACUCCUAUACGAAUUCGUCAGCAGACUAAGGCGAUGACACCACCGACAGUUAUCAUUACAAGCGACGACGAUGUGGAAAUCUCGGACGUCACCGGUGAAAUAUCUCAACCAACGGAGCUAUCGUCUAUUAUCGAAACUAACGAAGAAACAACACCAGACAGUGCAACAAAACGAGAAGAGUUGGCAGAACAAUUAAGUUCACCAGCGCCAGCUGAAGCUGAAGGUGAAUUGUUUACAGUUUCACCUUCUGCACAUCUUCCAGUUGACGAUGGUCAGCAAGUCGUCGAACAAUUGCCAUCAACUGCAUUAGAUGAAUCUCAUAAAGAAGAAACUCUGCCAACAGAUGCUCUUACUGAAACUGUACGUCAGAUUCUAUCAACGCCUAUAUCCAUCAGAUACUUAACAGAAUCCACUAUCGAGUCUCCAACGAUAACAUCUGGAGAAAUAACGAAAGUUGUAGUUUCGUCUGUGCCAACAGCAGAUACUGUAAUACCAACCGAAGUGACAUCUACUCCUGAGCUGAAACUGGAAAAAGCGCCAGAACAAGCUGAGACAGAAAACGUAACAACUGAUUCCUUGGUUGAAACAGUUCGUUUGAUCUUAGCCACACCAUUGACAAUACAUCUUCCAUCAGCGGAUGUCAAAUCAGAAUCUGCUCUAGAACUUGUCGCUACUCCUGUGAAAGAUCAAGAAGAAAAACCAUCAGUGGAUUCUCUAGUGGAAGUUACGCGUCAAGUUAUCGAUGUACCCCAACUCACUGAACUGUCCGAAGUAUCGAAGCAGCCUGAAACUUCAUCUGCUUCUGAAAAUGAAUCACCAUCCUCAUCAGCUGAUGAUGCACGUCAUUUGCCUGAACAAAGAGAGCCAGCGGUUGUACCGAAAGUCGGUUCGGAUGAAACAUCGGAUAAAACUGAUGUAACUGACUCGUACGCCGAGUAUUACCCAACAUCGAGCUUAGUGAAUAUUGUCAAUACAAUACUAAAUCUUCCAAACCAAAUAUCUUCCGAAUCUUCUGUUCUACAUGAAGAAAAUCAAAUCAUUGCCAGUUCAAAACCUGAUUUCGACGAACAAUUCAAAACUACUGAACUUGCUAAUAUCAACGCAAUGACAACCAAAAUCGUCAACAGUCCAGCACACACACCGGAACAAUCAGAUACAACUGAAGAUGUAUCCUCACAACGCGCCAGUGCCGUUCAAUCGACAUUGAUUGACGAGAUUCAAGAUAAUGUGACAGAUUCUGAAAAACUAUCAACAUUUUUCGUUCCGCAAGAAUCUACUCUCUCAGAAAAGGACUUCCGAGAAUUAUACGAACAACGUCAUUUUAUUACAACUGGUGACGAAGAUCUAUCCACUCAAUUUGCUUCAAUUGAUCAACCAGAGCCUGAUCAAGUAGCUAUCUCCACUGACGAAAAAAAAUCUAUUCCAACUUCGCCAUUAGCCUACUAUGAAAUACAAGAACAACGUCAUACAUUGAUGUCUCCUCAAAAUUCAGUCGUCAAUGAAACCAAUGAAACAACGGCUCCAACUUUAACAACAUGGACCACUGUUCAACCACGAAUCGAAUACGAAGAAACAGAAAUCACAGAGGAAAAGCCUACUAUCAACCUGGACGAUCAAGCUUACGAACUAGCUCGACGUUUUGAUUUAGAAUCACCUGCCAUUAUAUCACACUUGCCAAUCCGAGAAUAUCGACAGGUGUUCGGCAUAUCUGAUGAUAUUGUAAACACCGUUGAUGACAUGACUCACCAUGUUGAUCACGUUCUUUCAAUGGAAUCAAAAAAUCAAGAACAAAAACAAGAACGACAACCAAUUGUAAUCGAUGAAAUCAAGAGUCUUCCAUCGGAAUCAAGUGAAAAUUCUGAAUUACCCAUUGUCGAUACACAGGUGUCUGAAAAUAUCAAAAUAAUUACUGAAGCAAUCCAUGCACUUGACUCAGAAAUAAUCGAACAAGAAGACACAGUAGCAAAACAUGAUCAACAACAGCAGCAAGAACCAAGUUCAGUAUCCAGCACUGUUGAGGGUUUGAUCAAUGAAUUAGAGGAUCUCGGACCAAGCAUUCAGUCAGCAGCUCUUAUUAAUGACAUUCGAGAAACACUUGGACAUGAAUCUACCGUUUUUCCAUCGAAAGAUGAAUUACGUGAUGAAGAUCUACUACCAAGAACAGCUAAACAAGAACCAGCUAAUGACAAAUCACUUACAGUCGAAUCAAGUUCUCAGUAUUCUAUUCUACUCGAUCAAAUCGGUGAUUUAGAGAAAUCGCUGCUUGAUUCACAACCAUCUUCAUCAACUGUUGCCGAACGAGAGGAGACAACAAUCGAAACUGAUGAUAACAAAGACGACGAGCAUCAGUUACAUCAACGCUAUGAUACUUUAAUUGAUCAUGCUAGACGACUGGAAGAUGCACUCAUCAAAAAUCUUGCUCAUACAAGUACACACACUGAUGAACAAACCGAUGAUGCUACUAGCAUCGAUAAUCUAAGUCAAACAAUGGAACAAAUUCUCGUUACACCUAUUCGCACAGUAACAGGUCCACAUGAAGAACCAGUUGCUAGUUCAGGUCUUGAACAUGCUCUCGAACAAAUACUAGCAACAACACAUUAUCCAACGUCAUAUGCAAAAUUGAGUCCGCCAACAGAUACGACUGUGCCAGUAGCUAAACAAGACGAUGUCCUCAAGAGUGAACCUCUGGAUGAAGAUAUCGUGUCAACUGACACACGCAAAGACGAGGCUACAGUAUCUGAAAUAGAAGAAAUAGUGACGACUAAAACAACGCAACCGACCACUGCUGAUGAGAAAGAAUCAGCCCUAGUCGUACUGCCAUCGGAGGAAAAUAGCUCAAUUGAAUCUGUCGAAGAGAAGCAAGCAGUUAUAUCCCUAGUACCCAAUUACUUUACUAGCAGCGAUGUAUAUCACGCAUAUAAACAACCAGUAAAUGCGGUUGUACCACAACAAGAUGAAUCAACUCUUUUGGAAAAAGCAACAACGAUCGUCAAUAACGUUAUCUCCAAUGUCGCUAGUAUUUUACCAACUGAAACUGAACAACCGAGUAUUCCCGCUGAGAGCCAAGCUAUUUCAAUUGUUACAGAUGAUGAAAAUGAUGCUGAAGGAGAAUUAUCAUCAGAAGGCUUGAUCGAAAUCAUGAAAAAUCUCUUACCCAACAGUCUUCGACCGCUUGAAUCUGAUCAGACUGCCUCUGAAGAGCCAAGUGCACCAGAUGAAGAUGAUCAAGAUAGCCUGUCGUCGUCAGUAACAGGAACGACAGUACAAAGCAUUUUCGAAGGAGAAGAUCUAACAAGAAUCAAUCAGACUACAGUAGAAGUAUCGUUAAACGAAGAACUAUCAAUUCCAGUUCCUGAAUAUUUCACUAGCAAUGACGUUUACCAUGGUUACAAACAGCCAAUAGUACGAUCUAGUGAAGAAAAACAUGCAGCAUCUCUUAAUGAAAGAGUGACAUCGAUGGUUGCCGAAAUUUUGUCGAGUGCGGUUCAUAUUUUACCUACAUUGGAAUCUUUGGAAGAGCCAAUUAUCUCAAAUAGCAACGAACCGCCAGUUGUACCAGCUACAUUGGAAGAAGCUAAUGAUCACAUUCUAAGUUUAGAACAAGAUGCGACAGAAACGCGUGCUGCUGACCAGAGAGCGCCGAUCGCAAGUUAUACACCUGGAUAUUUCAUCAGCAGUGAUGUUUAUCACGCAUACAAACAGCCGACCGAAACGAUUGUGACACAGAAAGAAGCACCGUCUACCAAUGUGUCUGAGGUAUUAUCCACAGCAGCACCUCACGAAUCAGCUUCACUUCUUACUGAAGAACAUUUGACAACUUCGGGCUUGAUGGAAAUUAUUAAGGAUCUUUUACCAACGAACUUUCAAGCAAACAAAACCGAACUCAAUCGUUCUGAAGAUCUAAGCUCAUUAACAGAAGAUGACGGAGACAGCAUGUCAUCAUCGAUGACCGGAACGACCGUAAGAACUUUAUCGGAAGAGGAUCUAACGAGAAUGACUCAGUCAUCAAUGGAUACGUCAUCGAAAGACGAAACAUUAACACCGGUACUCGAUGAUCUUGGCGGCAGCGAUAUUCACCGUCCAGCUCAGCAACUAUUCGAAUCUAGAGUUGAAACGCCAGAUUCUCUAGAGCUAAGCGAUAGAAAGACACCGAUUGAUGUCAGUGUAACAUCUAGUACACUAGACGAAAUAUCGACGUCUAUGGAUACUAGUCUCACAGAACAACAGAGUGAGCAAUCACGCGUCACAACAACUGAGUCAACACUUAUCGAAGAUCAAGAAUUACCAUCGACUUCAGAUGAUAGUGAAGCUGUUCUUCUUUUAAAACCUAUCGAAGAAAAUAGGAAUGAACCAACAUCAUCAACAGGACUUUUAGAAAUAAUGACGAGUUUUCUACCUGUAGUGAAGUCGGAAACCUCUGAAGAACAUCCAGUAGAAAGUAGUAUAUCAUCAGACAAUCAAAUAUCAGCCGAUACCGGAGAAACUGACAGUGGUAUUUUAUCAAAACUCACAUCUGCAGUUACUGAUGCCAUCACUACAGUUCAACAGAUUUUACCAGCGUCCCUUGUUCAAAAUACUGACGCCCAAGAAGAAGCAGAUAAACUUGAAUCAACAGCACAAACAUCAGAGACUGCUCCAAACGAACAACAUAGUGUAGUUGAUUAUGUGAUUGAAACGACAUCAAACAUCAAAGAAGCACUAGCUCAUAUUAUUCCUGAGGAAACACCGAUAGAAUCGCUUCAAUCGUCAGUGGAUACUGAUGAAAAAGUGAUUCCAAAAGAGAACGAGCAAUCGACGAUUCAAUACAGAAGUGAUAGUCAGGUACAAAUACAAGAGGAUUCAGAUCAAUUUGAUUCGUCCUCUGAUAUGACUUCCGUGUCAGAAGAAAUUAAACCGCAUUAUCCAUACAAAGCAAGACAACCUCAAGCACUUCAAGUUCUCAACGAUGAAUAUCCAUGGUAUGCAAGUUACUAUACCAUCGCCGAUGCAGAUGCAAAUAUGGGUCACUUGUACAAACGUUUGAGUCGUACGCUCGAACAGCUCGAGCAGCGACCUCCGCCAACAACCGUUCAAUUCGAACCCGAACCGUAUCAAAUCUUAAAAACACCAGAAUAUGAUCGACAAGCAUUGUUAGAUACUGAAGACACACGGGAAAAAGUACAUGAACUCGCUCAAAUCAGUAAGAAGAUUUCUCCGUCAAGUACCAUGCAUGAGUCGGAUGAAGAUGACGAAGUUCAAGUUAAGCAACGUCGUAAACAAAAGUCUGUGCCAGCCACGAAAGAAAAGACUUCGUCACCAUCGACCACACCUAAGAAUAAAUUGUCUCUUAGUCCUGAAAAUGAGCAAGCAGAUGAAUCGGUACCUGUUGCCCAAACAAUGAGCACCAUCAGUAGCAAGAAGAAGAACAAGAAGUCGAAGAAAGACAAAAAAGAUGCAGCCACAUCUGAAUCUCUUGUUCUAUCCAAACCUGAUGUGGACGAACCAAAACCAGAACCAACACUGUCUUCAACGAAAGUCGAACCUGUUGAGUCAGUAGAAUCGAAACAAACAACAUCCUCUGUUGCAGCUGACUCAGCUCAAAUCGAAGAACAACAGAAAAUAUCCGAUGGACGAAGUGAAGAGCAACAAGCAGAGCCAUUAUCAUUAUCGGUUCAUUUGGAUGCUGAAGAACUUAAAAUUCACGAUGAUGACAAGAACGAUUCGACAUCAUCCGAUGCUUCACAAUGGUCAACGAGUUCAUUUGUGAUGACCUCAGAUGAUCAAAUAAUCGAUAGCGAAUCACGUGAGAAACUGGCCGAUACUCAAACAGCAGCGAUAGCGUCUUCACCAAUUUAUGAAUCAACUAGAUCAGAAAUAACGACUAGUAGUUUAUCAACGCCGAAAAAGAAGAAAGUGAAGCAACAAAAACAGCAACCAUCGGAGAAAGAUAUUUCUCAGCAAUCAAAAGUUUCGACAUCUCCAGUAAUUCUUGAAGCACCCAAAGUAGUGGAAUCCAAACCAUCCGCAUCAACACCCUCAAAAAUAAUGCCAACUGUCCGUACAAAGAUCGUCACACUACCAAAAGAGGAAGGAGAAAUCGACGAUGAUGACGAAGGAUUUCAAGUUGUCUCUUAUCGUAAACGCGUAUCCUCAGUUACAGGGCCGGAAAAAGGUUCAGGAUCCUCGUCGUCAGCACCAGUAACGCCACCAGCGAAGAAACGUUUGAGUGCUGGCGCCGAUACUCGACCAAGCACAACGUCCAGUCGUCAAAGUUCGUCUAUACCGGUGCUGACAUCCAUCCUACCGAAACAGAAGAAAGAUAAGAAGGACUUGAUACCAUCGUCAUCUGUCGAUGCUGACAGUGUCUUUUCACCAAGUAUCGACACUCAGCGUUCUAAACAAGCGGAACAACUGAAAGAGAGCAGCGAUACAACAUCGCCAAAAUCACUAUUUUCUUCACUGUUGACAUCAACUAGUAGUCCUUCUAUCAGCACAGAAGACAAGUCUGAACAAAAACCAAAAGUGCAAGACACGAACUUACAAACUCAAAUUACACCAUUAUCGGUAUCAACUACCGAAACAUCUAAAGCUCAGCCGGAACCCGCUUCGCCAGCUCACACGAAACCUGCUGCGAAAGCAACAUUGCGUACCAAAGCAUCAACUUCGCCUGAAGAAGACUAUGACGAUGAUGACGAAGGAUUUCAAGUAGUUCGUCAUCGUAAACGUUUGUUAUCAGCACCAAGAUCAGCGAAAACAUUACCACCUGUGGCAACCGGUCAAUCGUCAUAUCGACAGAACCUUGGUCGUACCAUCGACCUGAAGCCAGCUGUUAUUCGUGGGCGAUAUGGAUCAGGCUCGGGAUCUGGCUCUCGUUCAGCUCCACGAUCAAAUACCAGCGGCCAAACUACAUCAGAUAAACGACAGCAGAAUAAAUCGAAACGAGAUCGACCCCAGCUGUUACCACUGACCAGUCCGCGUGCAGUAGUCUCCAGAGAACCGCAAUCUCAAUCUGUAUCAUCAAUGGAACCUAAAAAAACAGCUCAGUCAACUGUAUUACUAUCUAAUGAAGAGCAUCAACAAGCAAAUGAAACGCCGCUACAAUCAUUAAUCACUGAACAAGUGUGGAAACCAAUCGAACAGUCCCAAUGGACAGCGACAAAUAUACAGCAGCAACCAAAACCGAUCGAUAGUAACAGUGUUCUUCUUUCGACAAAGCCUACAUCAAGCGAUCAAAAUCAAUCGGAACAAAAGACUAUUUCAACUACUCCUUUGCUAAGCACAAUUGUUUCAACCCAAGUUGAAAAAACAAGCGAACAAAAACCAAAUGAACAGAAAAUUUCUAGCAAACCUGCUGCAGUACAACAGCCCACAGCGAAGGAGACUAUUGAGACUUCCAAAGCAGUAUUGGCUGAUGAUGAAGAAGAUGAAGACGGCUUCCGAGUAGUACGCUAUCGUAAACAUCCAACAUCAGCAACCACGACACCGACAUUCCCAAGAUCAUUCACCCUAACAUCCGAUCCGGAGAAAAGAGCACCUAAAAUAUCCAAAAAGCAACAUUCGCUGCCAUCGACACCUGCGUCUACGCCGACAGCUAUCAGAUCCAUGAUAUUCAAAAGAACACCACUGAAACCAAAGAACAGUGGUGAUCAACCUGGUAAAUCAAUGAAUCGCCAAGCCGGUGGCAGUCUGCCAUCAUCUACUAUCAACACCGCAGAUCUCCUGCCAUUGAUGCCAGAAAGUUACCCACGCCCAAAACCAAUUGAACCAGUUUCUUCCCCUCGCUCGACACCAGCUGCGCCAAUCGGCAUCGCUAGUACAAAAGAAAUAAAUACCAAAAAUAAAAAGGAGCCCACGCGAAAACUACUAGAUGAUACUGAUGAAAAGGUACAAUCCACAACAUCGCCAAUAGUCACAAGCGCAGAUACAAGUGAUGAACAAUCGAACAGAACGAAGAAAAAACACAACCGAACAAAGAAAGAAACGGCUGGAGCGGACUUACCUACUCCGUCCGAAGAAGCUUCUCAGCAAAUUGAGACUAUUUCAUCAGUGACAACUGCACCAGCGAUUCAUCAAUCUCAAACGACACUGACGACGAGACCACUAAUGGAAAUCGAGCCAACCAUCGAACAAUCUGAUCUAAUCAAUUCGCAAGCAAAUGCACGUCCGUUGACAUCAAUGGAUUCCAGUACAAAUGUCGAAGAUGAACAAGAUAAAAAUACGGCAGCAAAAAAAUCUACGAAAAGACGUAAGAAAAAAGUGCAUGCUGCUGACAAGCAAGAGCAAGAAGAAAGCACAGCACACGCUUCCACUACAAGUGUCACCGAUAAAGAGAGUAGUAGUACAGAAGCAACAACACCAGACAAACAGAGUUCAUUCGAAUCAUCCGUUGCUGUUCGUGCGACAUCCACUGAUGAUAAACAAGAACCAGUAUCGACUAAUGUCCUGAGUCCAGUGGAAACAUCACAAACCAUCGAGAUAACUGAACAACAAAUAGCAACUGUUUCACCGCCUUCAAUAUCGGAUAAGAUGUCAGAUAAUAUCAACAAUGAUCAAUCCGAAGUACAGAAAGAAGAUGAACGCUUACCGGCUGAAUCAGAUCUAUCAGGGACUGUGAUCGAGCAAUUGCAACAAGUACCUCUCUCAUCUUCCGAACAAACUACAGAACAACAGUUGACCACUGAUGAAGAAACUACUAUCGAGAAAUCGACUACUAUACCUACAAAGAAUGAUACAGAAACGGAAACAGAACAAUCAACAAAAUUAAUUGAAAGCAGUGGAACUGGUGAUGAAAUACAUUUAGAUGCUUAUCGUGAUCAAACCGGCCGCCUUCGUCGAAAGAAGCCACGAAAGCAUGUCCGCAGUAGUAGUAGUAAACAAGAAGAAGUUCUUUCUACUCCUCAAUUGCCGCCAUCUGAAGAGCCUACACUUGAUCCAAAAGUUAUCAGUGAACAUUGGGCUGAUGUGCUGGCAACGCCCAUCUCGUCUGUUGAUGAUGGACUAAAGCUAACAUCUGAAUCAAUCGAAGGCGAUCAACAGUAUGUGAAUGAAGAUUUGCGUAAAGAAAGUAGCAAACUAGACUCGUUCUUACCCGAAUACAUUCGUCAACAAAUCAGAUCAGGUUCAUCACCUCGGUCAUCAUCAUUUACCGAACAUCGUUCUAAAUCAUCCUCUGUAGAACCAAGAACAACGAGCACUAUUCAAUCAAGCAUAACCGAACGCAUUUUACAACAAGGAUCAUCUAAUCAAUCGACCAGCGCUGAUACAUCUGAAAACGAAGGUCAAAAGCAAAUACAUAGGUCUUUCAUUGACAAAUCUUAUUCAGUCGAUGAAUCACAAUUGAUGUCAUCGAUGAAUUUGACAGAAAGUAAUACAUCAUUGAAUUCAUCAUCUUCGUCACCAUCUGACUCGAUUCGAAAGAAAAAACAACGGCCGAAAAUGUUGAAGAAAGAUGUCGAAGCCAAGACACUACUAACGCAUGAAUUCGAUGAUAGUCCACUUAAUACCACAGAGAUUCGACAAACUUUACCGGUGACACAGCUCGACGAUGACGAAAAUAAACAUCAAUCGUUUCUAACCUCAGUACGUGAUCAAUUUGAUUCUGUUGUCUCGGCAAUUUCCAACACGUACAGUACUGCUCUAUCCUCAGCAAAAGAAACAUCAGCCGAUGGAGAGCAAGGAGCCAUCCUUAGCAACGAGCAAGUACCAUCGAUUUCAGAUUCAAGCAAUAUUUCACCAAAACCAUCUUCUGAAACAACAAUAUUGCCAGCAACAACAAAGAAAUCUUCUACACGCUCACCACGAAAACGAUCCAAACGCGACAGUGGUCCUGAUUAUGAAAAUCUAACUCUACAAUCAUCUAUCGAUUCCGAUCAUUCGGUAUCAAGUGUGAAAGCUAUUUCAACGUCUAGUGACAAAGAUCAGCCAGAUUCGAUUCGAAUCGAAAGUCAAAAACAACAUUCACGACAACGCACAUCAUCCGGCAGACAUAUUUCCAAUACGGAAGAUGACAAUGAACAGCAAGCUGUCCUAGCCGAUGAUGAAGAAGAGAAGCAACCUGUCUAUAGAUCACGGAAAUCGUCGACAAGAACAUCAGAAAACCGUACGGAAUCUGAGUCUUUACAAUCCUCUACUCAUGCUAUAACAGAUGUUACUAACACAGAAAAGUUGGCAGCAGAUGAACAAUCAACGACAACAACGAAUGAGCAACUACGUGUUGUACAAGGUUUCCACUCGUAUACACCAAAUAAAUAUCAAUACAAUCAGUAUGAAGAAGGAUCGGCCGUUCCAAAUGAACAAUUGAAACCUUCAGCAGCUGAAACUGAAAGUGAAGAUACCGUUCUUUCACGUGGCUUCGGUCGUUGGCUACAGCAAAGUAAUGAAAUCAAAACAGCAAGUCCGUCAGCAUCUGAAAAACAAGAGUCACCCAUCCUAGGCAGUGGAUUAACACGUGCUAUGCAAAGUCUCAUCAUACAGCCAGUUGAAAGUGAUCUUGACGACGAUGAAGAAGAAGACGAUUCAUGGAAUGGACCACGAGCAAAGAAACCAACAUACACAACUGGUGUUCGAAUCGAAAAACGCAUUCACUCAGUAAGUGGUUACAAUAUCAAUCAUCCACGCUCGGCUACGUUACCACCAGCAUGGUUAAUGUCUUCAUCGAAUGAUAAUACGUUUCACGACGAUCAAUCAAAAUUUGAUCCGGACGAGGAAGACGAUUCACUAGAUGACACAUCUGACAAGCCAACAACAUCGAAAACAAUUGAAACACAAUUCUCAACGCAAGAUGAACGAAAAACACAAUUGAAUAAUUCAGCUGAUCUAUCUUUUCAACCGGUCAUAAACAGUCUAUCACCUUCAUCAUCAUCAUCAUCACCACUAUCAUCAGCAGCAGCUAAAUGGAAUGAACCAACAAUACGUUCUGAUGAUACCAGUCAACAACAAACCAGCUUCACCGAUGAUGAUGUACAACGUUGUUUAGGUGAAGAUUUCUAUCGAGAAUCUCUAGCUGUAAAUACGCUUCAGAAUGAACGACGAUUAAUCAACGUUCUCGAAGAUCUUGUCGUCAAACCAACCGAAGUGCUAGAAGAUAUCGAUGAUGAAGAGAACAACAGCGCAGAUGACAACAAUAACAGCAAUAUUCAACAAAAUCGAAAUAAUAAUAACAAUAAUAAUAACAAUCGUCCAACUCAUUUCGAUGAAUGGGCACAUUUUCUCGAACGUCAAACUAGUCCAAAUAUGUUUCUACCAUCUGCAUCAGCUUCGUCACAAGCCAUGCAAGAUCUUUCAUCAGCACAAGAGAGUUCCUAUGCUCGCGUAUUAGACGAUGAUACACUUGUCUCAGAUAAAGAUCGAACAAGCAUCAUGGAACACGUUCAAUACUCAUUCGAAAACGAUCAACAACGCUACGGCGAUUUCUCACCUAUCAGCGAAAUAUCCAAUGUACCACCACCAACUAUCGAUCAUACAGUAUCGUCAACAGUCGAACAAGAACAAGAACUUUUAUCACAACAAAAACCUUCGGAAACCUUUCUCCGAUGGCGUAGUCAAGUAAGUCAACAACCUGAUGUACUUCAUUCAAAUUCAUCAAAUCUAACUUCAAUGGAUGCUACCAAUGACGAUGAAAUAUUUAUCUCUCACUCAGACCAUGGUCUUAGUCGGCGAUCGAUCAACAUAUUGAUUCUCUAUUGA